CGCAUCCACUCUGCUCGAGCUGCGUCUCUAUGGCGGCCGCGACAGCUCACUAGGCUCAAAGCGACAUGAACGCGGAUUCCGACGGUCAGAUCGGUGCUGUGGUCCCUGUGCGGUCUCGAGAGGGCAGUCCAGCGGCGGAUGACUUCGUCCCGUCGGCGCUGGGGACCCGAGAGCACUGGGAUGCUGUUUAUGAGAGAGAACUGCGAGCAUUCCAAGAAUAUGGUGAUACAGGAGAAGUCUGGUUUGGGGAAGAGAGUAUGAACCGACUGAUAAGGUGGCUGCAGAAGCACAAGAUCCCGUUAGAUGCCUCCGUGCUUGAUAUUGGAACCGGAAAUGGUGUUUUCCUGGUUGAACUUGUGAAACAUGGUUUCUUCAAUAUAACUGGCAUUGAUUACUCUCCUUCUGCAAUUAAGCUUUCUGCAAGUAUCUUAGAGAAAGAAGGGCUAGCUAACAUUAACUUGAAGGUAGAAGACUUUUUGAAUCUUUCCACAAAGCUGUCUGGAUUUCAUGUUUGCAUUGACAAAGGGACUUUCGAUGCCAUAAGUCUUAAUCCUGACAAUGCAGUUGAGAAGAGGAAGCAAUAUGUGAUGUCUCUCUCCAGGGUGUUGGAAGUAAAAGGCUUUUUUCUAAUAACCUCAUGUAAUUGGACCAAGUCAGAGUUGCUCGAUGUGUUCCGAGAAGGAUUUGAACUUUUGGAAGAGUUGCCAACUCCCAAGUUCAGCUUUGGAGGUAGAUCUGGAAACACUGUAGCAGCUUUGGUUUUUCAAAAAAGGGAGGUUUCCUUGGACAAAGUCAGUUAGCUUUCUAGAAGAAACUGCACAGCAAAGUAACCCUGAUACAGAAGAAGCAAGUGCAAGUAAUGUUUAGUAAGUACCCAGGCUUAGCAAGCACCCUGGCAGUGCAGACUAAGUACAGAUAGUGGGUUGUGGGAAAUCACACACGUCAGAAUCAGCAUUUAAUAUUAACUGAGAGUAAUUUAAGAUUUUCUUUUGUAUUUGAAAUAUAAAUAUUUUCUUGUGAUUUAUGACAGUUUUCUGUAACUGUUAAUCAGUUGAAAGUUCCAAUGCAGUAAAUGAAUUCACAGAAAGCAUCUAUUCUUGGUUUUUGUGCCUAGGUAAAGUUUUAUUAAGUAUGGCUACUUAUGAAGACUUAACCAA